AGAGAAGACACUGAAGAAAGAGAGAGACGGAGGACGGGAAGGCAGAAGAGAGGAGGGAAUAGUAAAGAAUUCAGGAAUAGACCAUUUUUUUUUUGUCUUACGUGACGUUAGGGUUUUCCGUAGAUCAAGGAAAAGUCAACCGCUUUUACGUUGCAACAACACGAGGACAGAGAGAGGAGAGACGGCACGGAAGAGCUUGUCUUUUGUAUUUUAAAUAAGUGUAGACGCUACUGCUGAUUUGUAGGCUGUCCUAAACCUUUGUACGCUGUAUUCUAAUACCGUAAAUAACUCAUUAUAGCCUUUAAAAAAUAUAUAUAUAUAUUUUUUAGGUCAAUUUGAUUUGAUGGAAACCACGAGGUGAACCUAAUGCCGUGCUCUUUUUUUUUGUUGCAAUAAGGGAACAAUCUCAGUAAUAUACUUGAAUUGAAUCGCUUCUCCUUAUGAGAAUCACGGCUGUUUAGCGCGAACAAUACCCGAAACAACGCGUCUGAAACUCGCUCUACCACCACAACUUUCAGGAUUUCCUUCAGCCGACCGACCAUGGCUGCGGUUACCAGCCCAGAGACGAGCCCUCAACCCCGGGUAUAUUUCCAGACGGUAGCCGCCGGUUCAACCGAAGAACCGGAGAUACCUGUUCGGAAGCAAGGGCGAGUAACCGUCAAAUAUGACCGGAAAGAACUAAGAAAGAGACUAAACCUGGAAGAAUGGAUAAUCGACCAGCUAACGGCUCUUUACAACUGUGAGGAGGAGGCUAUACCAGAGUUGGAGAUAGAUGUGGAUGAGCUGCUGGACAUGCCUAGCGAUGAUGACAGAGGAGCCAGAGUUAAAGAUCUCCUGGUAGACUGUUACAAACCAACUGAGGACUUUGUGUCUGGUCUGCUGGAUAAAAUACGUGGCAUGCAGAAACUCACCACCCCCCAGAAGAAAUAACCUCAACCCUGAGUCACCUCACCCCCUGCCUCCUCCCGCCUCCCUCCCUCACUCCAACCUCACCCCAAGAAACAGGAGCUUGGCUUCCUCAGAGAUAGAGGAGUAAGAUAGGUGAUCGAAGCAGCCAAUCAGAUCCAAGCAGGGUGUAUGAUGUCAUAUCCUGUGAUUUUUAUUUUUAUUUUAAUGCUUUAUUUAGUUUACAUUUAUUUCAAUAUUUUAAUUUUUGUUGUAUUGUUGUUAAAUAAUCAAACGAUCGGUCAUAUUUCUCAUGUUAAUGAGUGAAUAUAGCAAACUAUAAUGUAGUUGUAAACCAAGCCCAGGAUAUAUUCUGAGUUUUAGUAGCCAAGCCCAGGAUAUAUUCUGAGUUUUAGUAGCCAAGCCCAGGAUAUAUUCUGAGUUUUAGUAGCCAAGCCCAGGAUAUAUUCUGAGUUUUAGUAGCCAAGCCCAGGAUAUAUUCUGAGUUUUAGUAGCCAAGCCCAGGAUAUAUUCUGAGUUUUAGUAGCCAAGCCCAGGAUAUAUUCUGAGUUUUAGUAGCCAAGGAGGUGAGGUAGGGGGGGAGGGAGGGAGGGGAGGGGAGGGGGGGAGGGAGGGGGGCACUGGGUAGUGGAAAAUGUGUCUGAAUGUGUUCAUCCAAAUAUCCACACACACACACACACACACACUCAGGGAACAGCAGAAACACAGACCACAGCUGCUGUUCCUUCACACGCUCACACAGAUGUGAACACUGGUACACACACAAACACACACUGGCGCUCUCUCAUCAACACACACGGGAAAGAGGUGGAGGGGGGGGGGGUAUAAUCAUUGAGAGGGAGAUAAAUGGAGAAAAAGAGAGAGAAUCAGAGGUCUUACUCUUCCUGGCUUGGCUGCCUCACAAGGCCUUAUUGUUGCCAAUCAUGCAGCUCUCUCACUCACCCCAUGUUUCUCUUUUGCCCCUCCUUCCUCUGACUCCUUCCUCUGACUCCUUCCUCUGACUCCUUCCUCUGACUCCUUCCUCUGACUCCUUCCUCUGUCUCCUUCCUCUGUCUCCUUCAUCUGUCUCCUUCCUCUGUCUCCUUCCUC